AUGGACAUAGCUGAAGGUGUUACGCCAGCGUAUCUGAAAUUGGCUCAGAUUAAAUUUUGCUUAACUCUCCCACAGUUUAAAGAAGACCCAGAUUUAAUUUCAUCUUUAUUAGCCGGUAUAGUCCAAAAUAAUAUGGCCCCCUACUACAAAGAAGUAUGUACAGAUUUGUCAUGGGUAUUUGACCAAACUCUUUAUGAUAAAAUGGCUGCUAAUAAUGCUAAGCGCAUGGCAGAACUUGAACAAGAAAAAAAUCCCACCAUGGUAGAUGAUGACGACCCAGUAUCUGGUAUAUGGCAAGCAAAGUUGCUUUAUUUAUGUUCUAUCGGUGACCGCGAAGAAGCAACCAAACUGGCAGAGUCUAAAUUAGAAGAGAAAAAUGUACCUAAGUCACAGCAAAUCGAUACUGUAUUUGCUCUAUUUAGAGUUGCAUACUUUCACGGAUGCGAUAUUCCGGCAAUGAAAAAAGCAAUAGACAAAGCCACAGAGUUAAUUGAAGGAGGAUCUGGUGGAGAUUGGAGUGCCAGAAAUAAACUUAAAGCAUAUGAUGGUAUUUGGAGUUUGGCAAUACGAGAUUUCAACCGAGCAGCCAAGCUGUUUGUAGACGUUGUACCCACGUUUGAAUCGUAUGAACUUGCAGAUUUCAGCACCAUCAUCAAAUAUACCGUAUAUUCGUCAAUGAUAGCUUUCCCUAGAUAUGAGUUGAAAAAAACGCUCAUGCAUCAUGGUGUUAUGGCUCAGGCUUUAAACUCAAAUUCUAAGGAACUCAAAGAUUACUUUGUCUCGUUAUAUGAAGGUCAAUACUCUAAAUUCCUUGUUUAUUUAGCACGCAUUGAAAAGAACAUGAAACAAGACCCAUUGUUACACCCUCACUAUAAAUAUUAUGUUCAAGAGAUGAGGUUAUUAGCUUAUAAGCAAAUAUUACAAGCAUAUAGAUCAUUGAGUUUGGAUUACAUGGCUGAAUCGUUUGGUGUGACUAAAGAAUUUGUGGAAAAAGAAGUUGCUAGAUUUGCAGCUGCUGGACGUUUAACUUGCAAGAUCGAUCAUGUUGCUGGAGCUGUGGUGACCAGUAGUACAUCCAAGAAUAGUUUACAACUCGGAGCACCAGAAUCUAGACUAGAACGCGGUAUAUUAUAUCAGACAACUGUGAAGAAAGGCGAUAUAUUGUUGAACAGGUUAAAGAAGUUGGCUAGAGUUAUGGAUUUCUAA